ACUCGAUAAUUUUACCAUUUGAAUCAAUAUAUUGCUAUAUUCUAUUUUUAAGUUUAAUGUUUGACAUGUAUUUGAAAGUAUUUUAUUAUUAAUAAAAUUAAAAAAUUAUAUUUUCUCAGUCAUUUGAAAGAGUAAUUUUGAAUUUUUGUACUAUUUUCGUUCGGUAAAAUUUGUUCACCAAAAAAUUCUUAAAAAAAAUAUAAUUAUAAGUAAUUAUAUUAUAAUAAUUAUAAUUUAAAGUUAAAUAAUUAAAUAAUUUAAUUAAAAUUAAAAUUAAUUAUAAAUUUAAAAUAUAAUUAAAACCCAACUCAACCACAAGCACCCAUUUUAGAUAUAAUUCAGGACCUAAUCCUCCAGCACAGGAUUUAAAUUUGAAGAUGGUCUGAAAUUUUGUGUUCUUAGAUUUAUAAGAUUGAUUUGAGCUCGAAGAGUUUGAUAGUAUUGAUUUGAUAGGUAAUUAUUAUAUUGGUAGAAUAUAAUAGUGAAUUAUUUAUUUUUAUUUAAUUGGUAAAUAUGAAAGUUUAUACAAAUAUAUAUAUAUAUGUUUUUACACAAUUUUUUUUUCUUUAUAGGUCAAAAUAAAUUAAUUAUUUAAAAAUAAAUUGCAUGUAAAUUGGCGGUGAUUUUUCCGGAUAUGAUUAACAGAAUUUUCGGAGUGAAAAAACAUGUUAUAUAUAAAAUGCAUGUAGUGAAAGUAUUAUGAGACGAAAGUGACCCUCCGCCUCUUUGGCCACCCACGACCUCGCCGCCGAUAGAUUGCCGGAAACGAUUUCUCUGUUGCUUUUGGCAAGUUUUGUAAUGUAAGGGACAUGCAUUAGGAUUAGGUGUGAGUAAAAUAAAUAGAAGAAGAAAUAAAUUUUAAAAAUAAUAAAUUUAAAAAUCAAUUCAAAGCGGAAAACACAAGUAAAAAAAAGUGAGUCGACCACAGGUAUGCACUCGCACAUAGGCCUAAAAGGUAUUUGCACAAUAUCGUCAAAACGGCUUAAAGAAACAAGUCUAAAAAAUAUAAAGUUAAUUGAAAAGAAAAAAAAUAAAAAUUGUCAUAGUAUUAUUUUUUAGAAAAUUGAGUCGAUCAAAAUUUAUAAUAUGAGAAUCACCAUGGCUCUCCUGAUAUGUUCUUUCACAAUUAAGAAUUCAUCUUUGCGCCACUAAAUCUUUUACCAGAUAAACUAAGGGUGAGUUUGUUUGGAAUAAAAAAUUUAAAUUUGAAUGAGUAUUUGAUUUGAUGUUUUUGAGAAAAAAAAAUUGAAUGUAGUGUAUAUUUAAAAUUCAAUCCCAGACAAAAACACCCCCUAAUCUUUUACCACAGAAACUUAGUUUGCUGCUGGCUAUUAUGAUUUUCAUUGUUAUUAGAUAACAAUAAGAUUAAAAUUCUUGAUGUUUUUGCAUUUGUUUUGACACACGUAAUUUGAUUAAUGUAACUCAUUGAACCUAAUUUACAUCCUACUAACUUAGAUUGAAUUUAACAUCUGCUAAUUACGUGUAAAAAAAAAUAAAAAUAAAAGUAGACCAGAGGUAAAAAAAAAAAAAAAAAAAAAGUCAAAAUCAAGAGUUAAGUUACAUCAGCAGCUACUGAACGGCGAACUGAGAUCGUCUGGCCGUCCUCCUCCACCGAUCGGCUCGAUCCGGCCACGACAAAGAUCACUCCACACUUCAUUCCUAUCCUCCUUACCUGGCUAUGACGAUGGCGACGCCGGCCAAUUUCUUCGUCCUAACAUCUUCUUCUCUCCCCUGCGAUCGUUCCCCCUCACCCUCUCUGACUCCCGUCUAUUCACGGAACAAGAGAGGAGCUUUGGGUUGCAGAUUUCGGCUGCUUAAAGUGCAUUGUGCAUCGGAGUGUGGCAAAGACGACGCUGCUCCUGAAUCUGAAUCUGAAUUUAAAUAUAAAUCCGAACCCGACGCCCGUUUAUCGUUUCUGUCUCGAUUAUUGCUUGAAGCUUCGUCCAUUCCCUGCACCCUUAUCGGUGAAGAUAAUGGAUGCAGUUCAGCGUACAAAUGGUAUACUGUUCUUGGAGGAAUUGGGUUUUUAGAAACAGCUUACUUGACUUAUUUAAAGAUUACUGAUUCGGUCGACUUUUGCCUGACGGGAGGGGACGCUUUCUCUGCCAUCUUGACCAGUGAUCACUCCUCUGUUUUCGGUGCUCCUCUUCCAUUAUUUGGUAUGCUUGGAUAUGGAUUGGUGGCAAUCCUUGGACUGCAACGACAACUAGGUCCAAGAAAAGCAUUUGGCAUUGAGAAAAUUGACGGUGAACUGAUUUUAACUGGAACAACUACUUCCAUGGCUGUUGCUAGUGCAUACUUUUUGUAUGUCCUCAGUACUGAAUUUGUUGGACAAUCAUGUGUAUUUUUUUUAGCAUCAGCUGCGUUGUCCUUCAGCUUGUUCUUCAUCACCUUGAAGGACUUUGGAUUCAAGAAAAUGCAAAAGAUUUUGGGUUCCAAGUUGUGCGUAGCUGCAUUGCUUUCUAUUGCCUUGACUGCAUCAUGCUAUGUUGUCCAACCUGUGCCAUCCAGCUUGGCAGAGACCGAAAUGGCGUAUACUGAAGCAGAGAUCACUAAAGAGUCCAGUCCUUUGGCUCUUUCUCUUGCGAGACAUCUACAUUCAAUUGGAGCUAAAUUAUACGGGGCUUUUUGGUGUUCCCACUGCGUUGAUCAAAAACAGAUGUUUGGGCAUGAAGCUGCAAAACUGUUGGACUAUGUAGAGUGUUACCCGGACGGAGUAAGGGAAGGAACCAAAAUGGCUAAGGUUUGUUCUAAUGUGGAGCUGAAAGGGUUCCCAAGCUGGGAAAUAAACGGCCAGGUAUAUAGCGGCCGGAAACAGCUAGCAGAACUUGCUCGGUUGUCCGGAUUCGACUAUUAAACCCGAAACUGAUUCAUUCGACUGUUGGAAGCAGCAAACCACUCCGUUUUCUAAUUCAAUUAUUGUGUCAGAUUCAUGUCAACCAAUAACGUUACACACGUAUGAGAGAUCGAUUAUUAA